AUGGCUUCGUCAAGUAUUGAUCUCCGAACUUAUCGCAUAGCGACGUCUUUCACAGUGGAUUUUGGCAGUUCAACUCCUCGUCCCAUCCGUGUUUUCUUACGAAUCGUAAGUACACAAACCAGAAAGCCUUACCCCGUUGCCAUUUAUCGUGCUGAAGUAACUGAACAACACAAACUGUCAAAAAAACGAUUUCCUGAGCAAGAACGGCGACAGGCACAGGAGGAGACAGAACGCCUUAAGCAUUGCGAGGUGGAGCGCCAGGUGGCUCGUGAAGGCAACAUCGAAGAGACGCACUUAGCAGCUGAGUCGUGUCAGGCCAAGGAACCCACAAGGCAUUGGGCUACCUCCGUCCCCAAGCAAAAUGGGUUUUCCAAUGGUCAUCUGAUUUUCACCUCGACUCUCCUGCAGUCCCUCCUUGGCUGCAGAAACCGAUUCUCCGGUGACCCUGCAGCGUCCACUGCAACUACGUCCACCCCCGCUGGUGACUUUUCCUCGGAGACCAAGCUUCCAGGUGGUUCCCAGUAG